AUGUUCUCUGCCAUGCUGAUGGACGCCUACUGCGACGAACGCCCCGGGAUCCGCAUCGCCUACAGGACGGACGGUCACCUUCUGAAUCAACGGCGGAUGCACUUCCAAUCACGCGUCUCCACACCCACUGUUCACGAACUCCUCUUCGCCGACGACUGCGCCCUGAACACCACCUCGGAAGAGGAGAUGCAACGGAGCAUGGACCUCUUCUCUGCCGCCUGCGAGAACUUCGGUCUGGUCAUUAACACGCAGAAGACGGUGGCCAUGCAUCAACCGCUACCCAACACAGCCACUCCUCCCAACGCGCCGCAAAUCAGCGUGAACGGAACCCAACUGCAAGUGGUAGAGAACUGCCCGUACCUGGGCAGCAUCCUCUCCCUUAACGCUGAAAUCUAUGACGAAGUCGCUCGCAGGAUCUCGAAAGCCAGUCAAGCCUUCGGUCGCCUCCAAAGCACAGUUUGGAAUCGUCAUGGUCUCCAACUGAGCACGAAGCUGAAGAUGUACAAGGCCGUCAUCCUGCCGACGCUGCUGUACGGAGCGGAAACUUGGACAGUAUACACAACGCAGGCACGUCGACUGAACCACUUUCACCUUAGCUGUCUCCGUCGCAUCCUGUAG